AUGAGUGAAGAUCUGGAGGAGAAGGACCAGGAGAUCAGGUGCCAGCAAGAACAAAUACAGGACUUGGAGAAACAGCAAGAAAUGCAGAGGGAUGCUGUUAGCAAGAUGAGCAGAGUGCUGGAGGAGAGAGACCAGGAGAUCAAAUACCAGCAAGAACUGAUAGCAGACAUGGAGAAGCAACGAGAAAUGCAGAGGACUGCUGUGAGCAAGAUUAGCAAAGAGCUGGAGGAGAGGAACCAGGAGAUCAGAUCCCAGCGAGAAGAAAUACAGGAGUUGGAGAAGCAGCAAGAAAAACAAAGCAUUACUGUAAGCAAAAUGAACAAAGAUCUGGAGGAGAGAGAGCGGGAGAUCAGAUCCCAGCAAGAACAGAUACGGGAGCUGGAGAUGCAGGAAGAAAUGCAGAGGGAUGCUGUGAACAAGAUGAGCAGAAAGCUGGAGGAGAGAGACCAGGAGAUCAAAUACCAGCAAGAACUGAUAGUGGAUCUGGAGAAGCAGCGAGAAAUGCAGAGGACUGCUGUGAACAAGAUUAGCAAAGAGCUGGAGGAGAGGAACCAGGAGAUCAGAUCCCAGCAAGAAGAAAUACAGAAGCUGGAGAAGCAGCAAGAAAAACAAAGGAUUGCUGUAAGCAAAAUGAGUGAAGAUCUGGAGGAGAGGAACCAGGAGAUCAGGUCCCAGCAAGAAGAGAUACAGGAGCUGGAGAAGCAGCGAGAAAUGCAGAUGACUGCUGUCAGCAAGAUGAGCAAAGAGCUGGAGGAGAGAGACCAGGAGAUCAAAUUCCAGGAGGGGAAAAUGAUGAUUGUAGAACAACACAGUGCAUCCCAAGUGAGAAAUCUGCUCGUGGAUCUUGACCAUAUGAAAGGCAACUUGAAGGAGAAAAAUGCAGAGCUUAUGUCUCUGGCUCAGCAGAUCCAAGAACUGGAAAUGGAGAGAGAACAGGUGAAAUCUCUGCACACCAGCCUUGAACACCUGAAGGCAGCUCUUAAGGACAGAGAGAGUGAGUGUGAGUCUCAAAGGGAUCAGUUAAGACUCUUCCAGCAGUACAAGGAACAGCAAGAGGGGCACCUGCAAGAGCUUCAUGGUCAAGUAGAAAAGAUGACACUUGCUUUAUCUAAAAAAGAUCAAGAGCUUGAGGCUCAGCAAAAGCAAAUCCAGGAAGCUGAAGAAGUCAUGCAAAUGCAGUUAAAAACUGUCCGUGAGCAACUGGAGCAGACCUUGGAAACCUUAAAAGAGAAGGAGAGACUCAUAGACAUCCAAAAGCAGCACACACAGAACUAUGAGGAAAAAACAGAAGAACAGGUGAAUGUCCUACGCAGAGACUUAGAAUACACCACAGCAGUACUGAAAGAAAAGGAUUUCGUGAUUGAAUCUCAGAAGGAGGUGAUUGAGACCUUCCAAAAACAAGAACAAGACUCUGAUCAGCAGAAGGAAAUUCUGCAGAAUCUUGAAGUGGCACUAAAGGAAAAAGAGCAAGAAAUUUUAUCCCUUAGAAAACAAUGUGAGGCAUGCAAGGAAAAGGAGGAAAAGCUUGAAGCUGAGCAAACAAAUCUUCAAGCAACAAAACUGACUCUGAAAGAAAGAGAAAAUAAGAUAGGGGCUCUGGAGGAGGCGCUCUCUCAGCUUCAACAGCAAAAGGAGGAGGCAGCGAUGGAGACUAAAGCCAUAAAGCAAAAACUAGAAUACGCUGAAUCUUCUCUGGAAGCUAGAGACCAAGAGAUAAAGUCUUUGCGAGAGCAAGUCCAGGACCUUCGAGAGCAGCAGGAGUUAGAAGACAAAAAGGCCAAAAGCCUAGAGCAGAAUCUAGACAAAAUGAGCCAACUGCUGCAGGAGAACCGUCUGGAGUUCCUCAAGCAGACAGAGCAAGCGAACGUGUUCCGGCUUCGUGAAGAAAGCAUGAAAGUUGCACUAACAUCGUGCCAGAAGCAAGUGUAUCUGCUUGAGGAAGUGGUGAGGAAGAGAGAUGAAGACAACAAAACUCUUAUGCAAAAAAUCCAGUGCCAAGAGGAAGAACUGAAGGCUUUGCAGCACCUCCAGCUUAGGCUAACCGAGAAGAAUGAAGAGGUGAGACAUCAGAGAGAGCAAAAGAAGCUCCUGGAAGAAGCCUUGCCUGAGAGGGAAUGGGAGACCAAGGCUCAAGGUGAGCAAAAAGAGUUAGAAGAAGAAAUAAGAGGUCUUCGGGAAGAUCUCCAGGAUGUUCAGCAGACUCUGACAAAGAAGGAUAAAGAGAUCAGAUACCAGAGAGACAGAGUCAAGGAUUUAGAGAAGACUCUGACAGGGAGAGAACAAGAGCUUAGGAGGCAGAGUGAACUCCUGAAACAAUUGACAUCCGCUUUGCGGUGGAAAGAUGCAGGGGAAACCCUAAAGCAACAAAUCCAGAAACUUCAAAAAUGGGAGGAAGAGGAAGCAGAGAAGAGGAAGCUUCUCCAGGAGAGAGAUCAUCUCUUGAAAAGGCAGAAGGAGCUAACCCAGCAACUGGAAGAUGAGAGGAAAGCGAAGGGAGAAGAAUUGGAGCGUGUGGUUGCUGUUUUGAAGCAGACAGAAAGCAGAGGAAUGGAAUGGAAAGAGAAGGCACAAGCACUGACUCUUGCCCUUAGCAAGAGUGAAACAGCCAAUGGGACUCUGAGGGAAGAAAUAGCCAUCCUGCAGGGUAUGGUUUCAGAGAGGGACACGGACCGGUUUCAUCAUCAGCAGGCUAUUGCAGAAGGGCAGCAGCUGUCGUGGCUCUCGGAGAAGAGGCUCCUGUCGCAGCGGCUGGAACAUCUGCAGCAAGCAGUUGGAAGGCUGGAACUGGAGAAGAUGGAGCUGAAGCAACUCAAUACUGAGCUCAAGAGGACCCUUGAGCAGGUGGAACGUGAACGGAGGAGACUGAAGAGAUAUUGCAGGGGUCGGUCACUGCCAGAUGCGUGCAGAUUUUCUCUCUCUGACCAGCACAAGAUCCCUGCUUCCACACAGGAGGAGUCUCACACAUGCUGCAGUCAUUUAGCUGAAUUACAGAACCAGGUGUCCCUUCUGCAGACGCAGCUGGCACAAGAGCGAAAAUACAAGCAGGACUAUAUUGAGUGCUGUGCAAAGACCAGCCAGGAGCUGUCAGACCUUCACCAAGAGCUGUCUUGCUCCUUAGCAGCUGUGGUCAGGGAGCCCAAAGCUGCUGUUCUGGAGGCAGAGACCCGGAAGCUGGAUCGGUCUCUGAACCUUAACUGGGCACUAAUAUCUCUGGACCGUCAGUCUCCUGAGAGACAGCCAUUGCAUUCGACAGCCAGAUCCACCAGAAGUGAUGACCUGAGGUAG